CUUCCCAACUGCAUGCAUCCACAUGCCUGGCGACGGCCGGAUCGAUCCGUCACGUCGCGAAAUCCGCGGCCUCCAUUUUCGGAGUUUCGAGUGCCAUUUUUCCCCCUUACUACUGCAGGUAUUACCUCUGGAUCAUCGAUCAACCGGGCAGGGGUCUCCACAGGUCAGUCACAACUUGCUGCUGUG